CCCGGCCGCCUCUGCCUCUCUCUCUCUCUCUCUCCAAUUCCUCCUCGCCUCGGUUGUUUCGUCCCAGGAAACUCGAUUCUGCUUCUGAAUCGGAUUUUCCCAGGGAUUUCGCCGGCGGCUAGGAUCGGGUCGGGGGUCCGCCAUGGCCGACGUGUUCGAGGGCUACGAGCGCCAGUACUGCGAGAUCUCCGCCUCCCUCGCCCGCAAGUGCACCGCUGCCUCCGCUCUCCAAGGAGAGAAGCUGAAGCAGAAGGCGUCGGAGAUCAAGUCUGGCAUCGAUGGGGCCGAGGCACUGAUAAAGAAGAUGGAUCUUGAAGCAAGGAACCAACAGCCAAGUGUGAGGGCUGGGCUGCUGGCAAAACUGAGGGAGUACAAGUCAGAUCUUAACAACCUGAAAGGAACGUUGAAGAGGGUCACCACCGGUAACGCGCAGCAAGGGUCGAGGGAAGAGUUGCUGGAGUCAGGAAUGGCUGAAACGUUGGGGGUAUCUGCUGAUCAAAAGUCAAGAUUGCUCAGGAUAACUGAAAAGCAAAAUAAAACAACCGAUAGGAUCAGAGAUAGCCACAGAACUAUGCUGGAGACUGAAGAUCUUGGAGUCUCCCUCUUGCAGGACCUGCAUCAACAGCGUGAACGUCUAAUACAUGCUCAUGGCACAUUGGAUAACGUGGAUGACAACAUCGGGAAGAGUAGAAGGAUCAUGGGUGCCAUGGUGAGGAGGAUGGACAGGAACAAGUGGAUCAUAGGUUUCAUUAUAGCUCUCCUUGUGUUGGUGAUCCUAGUAAUCCUGUAUUUCAAGUUUGUGCACUGAGGGACUCCUUGACCAUCCAAGGACUGAUGAACUGUGUGCGUUCUUUGCAUAUUCGUUUUGUCUUAUUUCUUUUUUUGGGUUUGGACGAAACCAUUUCAUGUGGUGGUUGUGAAUGUGUUUUGGUCAUGUAAAAAAAGUGAGAAGGUUUUGAGUAUCUGAUAGUUUCAUGGAUCAAAUGGAUUUUCAUUUAUAAUUCUGGACAGCUAAAUAAAUGAGCAAUUUUGUGCAUCA